CUGAAAUAGCAUAUGGCAUAACAUGUGGGGACUUGUCAGUAAGAUAAAUUAGUUUUUAUACAUACAAAGAUGAGGACUGUGUCUGUUCAACAGUUAAUUGAAUUGCAGCAGAAUAGGAAGAAUAUAAGAAAUAUAUGUAUUUUAGCACAUGUAGACCAUGGUAAAACAACUGUAGCAGACUGUUUAAUUGCCAGCAACAGGAUUAUAUCUGAACGAUUGGCUGGUAAGUUGCGAUACUUAGACAGUCGAAAAGAUGAACAAGAAAGAGGAAUUACCAUGAAAUCUAGUGCAAUAUCUCUUCAAUUUACCUCUGGUAAGAAUAGUACAAUAUCUCUUCAUUUUACUUCUGGUAAGAAUAGUACAAUAUCUCUUCAUUUUACUUCUGGUAAGAAUAGUACAAUAUCCCUUCAUUUUACUUCUG